AUGUUCAAGGAGCUCCGAAAGGCCGGAGAGGUGCACGUUAUAGCUGAACCUCGAGCAGAGUUUCUGCGUGAUAAUAUUUUGAAAGCAGCGUUAACAGACGCAGAUCGAAUGGAGGAACUCUUCGCAUUUGCUGAACAGCUUCGCGACGAAUACGACUUCAAUUGGCCUGAACUGUACAUGAAGGUGGUUCACUUUUACCUCAGCCAGAGCGACUAUGACGCUGCAUCUCGUUGGCACCUGAAGCUGAUGCCGGGCUUUCGUCCUGACCUGGAUAGCUUCGGUGCUCUCCUGACCAGCUUUGUCAUUGAUUUCUCUCCCGAGAUUCAGAGAACCCUGACGAGGAUGUAUAUCUUCAGUCCAUUUCGUGAGCUGUACGACUACGUUGUACCGGCUCUCUUUGAUUCGGGUCAAUCUCAUCCGGCUCGAGUCUGGAGGAAAAGGUUCAUUCUUUUCAACGACCAUCCAACGUCGUCAAAGUCAAAGCCAUUCCUCAGCUUUGCUUCACGAUACUUUCCCACAAUUGGUCUUGCUCAAGAGGAGCUGAAACUCCUUGGACCAGAUGGUAGCGAUCAAGGCGCCCUGGCAGAUUCGACACCCAAGGACUCCCAAGCAGACCAACCCAAGGGCAUAUACAGCGACAAGUUCACGGCUCGAUGGUUUGCAAGCUCAUGGACUUCUUCAGAGUUUGCAAUCAACCUCAUGCACAAGCUUGGCUUGCGAACCAUCGGGCCACUCUCACUGCAGUCUGUUGCCCUUCGAGAAGACGACGCUCGUGGCGUAUUAGACCGCCUCACCCAGCUUCAGAAGCUGAGGAUUGCCAUUGCCCCCAAACUUUACUGCAAAGCCAUCGUGUCCUUUGCUCAAGGAGGUAAUGAUGACUUGCUCAGGGAUCUGUUACAUUGUGACAUUCACCCAGAUGAAUUCGACGACCCAGAAACACGGCAAUUGCUGCUUGCGGCCGCUGCUCGACAGCAGGAUCGGGGGCGAGAGCGGCUUCUUCAAGAAGUGGACGCUUUGGAGGUUUUCACGUCUCAGCAAAGAUAUUCUCAUGCAAAACAGCUCAACAAUCAUCUCCGCGCAAUGCUGGACAGGGAGGACCUCCACAAAGUGAGGUUGGUCCUUGAUGAGAUGGACACAUCCCAUGUUAGUCUGUGGCAAAAAAACUCGGCCGCGCUGCUACACCGAGUUUUCAAGGAUAUCUGGUACCACCCAAAGACCAGCAAACAAAAGUUUUACGGGCUCCAGGGAGAUCCCCAACUUGACAGGGCCAUCAACCUUGCCUUGCGGGUAGCACGCCACGAUGUCGCUAUCCCUAUCAGGUACUGGCAGAUGCUUCUUUACAACCUGGGGCGUCUCGGCCGCUUCAGUGAGCUCGAGGAGCUGAGCUAUGAGAUCUGCGAACUAUACAACCCCGAGUAUGGAGGCCUGAUCCCAGUUCACUGGAGAGACCUGCCCCCUAAACCGGGCGUAAUACAAAACAAGGAAUCUGAGAAGACGGAGUUGUUGCUAGACCCCUCAGUCGAAGAACCGCAGAAAGGCAAACGAAGCCAUUUCCCUGAAGAGUUUUGGAGAGCUGAGAUGGGCCUCACAGAGGAAGAGCUCAAGGGCGACAAGUCCGAGCCGGACGAGAACACUUAUGACGGCUGGCAAAAACGGGCCAAGAAGGUGAAAAAGGUGUUUCGCAUACCGGCCGAUCUACCCUUUACACACAGACAGCACCCAGUGCAAAAGAUCUUUGACAACAGCCUCCAGCGCGCAAUCCUGAGAUGGGGUUUCGACAAGACGUUGGCUCAGGCGCCGACGACACUGUCCCUCAUGAAGGUCAAGCAAGCAGGGGCUCAAGACUUUGACCUGGCGUAUGGAGUUCGCCUCCUGGCCCUCCUACGUGACAGGGGCGUCUUCAUUGAUAAGCAGAUUGUGCGGAGUGCCAUCAUCAAGCGCAUUGCCGUGGCACAUUUACCUGGACGAGCGAGAGCCAGGGCGAGGGACAAUCGGGAGCUAUCACCCGAGAACAUGAAGCGUCUCGUGGAUGAGGCAUGGGGCUCUGAGAUUCUCCCUGGAGUUGCUCAGCUAUCGAAAGAGAUCGAGAACCAGAAGCCCAAGAUGUGGAAGAACUACCCCAGGCUCUUCAAGAAGACCUAUGAUAAAGAUGGAGGUGAUGAUGAGGAGAUAUGA